AGCGGAGGACUGUAAACAGAAGCGCGGUUCAGUGUGUGCUUUAUAACAGAGAUACAGCAGAGUUUUGAGAGUGAAGGAUGUUUAAAAAUACAUUCCAGAGCGGUUUCUUGUCCAUUUUAUACAGCAUUGGGAGCAAACCUCUACAAAUAUGGGAUAAAAAGGUGAAUAAUGGACAUAUAAAGCGGAUUACGGAUGAAGACAUCCAGUCUUUGGUGCUUGAGGUGGAAGGAGCCAACGUCAACACGACCUACAUCACAUGCCCUGCAGAGCCAGAGAAAACCCUGGGCAUCAAACUUCCCUUCCUUAUUAUGAUCGUCAAGAAUCUGAAAAAAUAUUUCACAUUUGAAGUUCAGGUGUUGGAUGAUAAAAACUUGCGGCGGAGAUUCAGAGCCAGUAACUACCACAGCACCACACGGGUGAAGCCCUUCAUCUGCACCAUGCCCAUGCGGCUGGACAAAGGCUGGAACCAGAUCCAGUUCAACCUGGCUGACUUCACACAGCGAGCUUACGGCACUAACUACGUCGAGGUGCUGCGAGUACAGAUCCACGCGAACUGUCGCAUAAGAAGAGUGUACUUUUCUGAUAGGCUGUACGCCGAGGACGAGCUCCCAGCAGAGUUUAAACUCUAUUUGCCGGUAGAAAACAAAGCAUAGGUGAGUGCACGUUCACAAGCAUGAUAUUUCCUCCAGUAUAUACAUUUUGCACAACACGCAUUACGUGAUCAUUUCUCCUGGGGGACAACCAGACACCGUCUUUCCUGUAAGCAAGGCUUAAUCGGUUUUAAAUAUGGCUCAUUUUUGCGCCAUUUUUGUUUGUUCCAAUCAUUCAAAUAGAGAAAAAGACAGAUAUUACUGUCUCCCUGGAACUUUGUCUUGAACUUAUGAUCGUAGCUUAGGAACUUGACUUGGGCAUUUCUUUAAAAAGGAAAUAUCUCUGACCCAGGAGUCUGAGGUUUUUUUUUUUUUUUUACAACAGUAGAAAGAACCCGAUACGUCUUUUUAUCUGUAACUGUCAGCGAAUCCCUUUGUUCCACUCCAGCUUCGAACCCAUAACAAUGCUAUGUGAGAAGCGCUCUCUCCAAGGCCUGCCAUACAGUCAGUAUGUGGCCAGGAUCUUACCAUUAUUUUUCACUGACAAUCCAUGGAGUUAAAGGUUUUUGGGUCAUUCUUUGUGGGUGGUUAACCUGGAAUUGAAUAUAGGUUGUAUUCAGUCACGUAACUUUUGCUUGCGAGUUUACUGCAGGUGAAUGAAGUGGUGGUCAGACAAACCGAUCUGGCUGCCAGGAUGCAAAGAGCGAGUGAAACAGUCUCUGAUUAUUUUUGCAUUUUAGACCUUCAGAAAGUUGCUCUUUGCAAUGCGAUAAAUCCUUACACGCUAGUAAAGGAUUUUUUCCUAGGAGAUGGAAAGUUAUCCAUCUGAGUUCCGACAUCUCAAACUACCUGGUGCUGCAGACAUUGUUCUACACGGACACACAGAUGGAAAACCUGGAAGAGCAUGGAGGCAUACAACUUUUUAUAUGUGGCUGAGUUAAAGAUUUGGGGAUCACGAUACAAGAUAAAUCCUGAAUCGUUUAUGCCCAGGUAAGGAGGCAUUUUUGUACGUCUUUGUUGUGGUUGCUAGGACGCAAGUUUUAGUAUCGGGUGUAAACAAACCACAGCCGCUCGAUUCACAAUCCUCCCUGCUCUUCUCUUCCAGCAAAUUUUUUUUUUUUUAAUUAAAGGUAGACUGCCUUUCAGAUUUUUCAAGUGUAGGUCAUAAAAAGAAUUUUCCCUGACACUAAUUUUUGUUUAGUGGACCGAAAGCUACUGAAUUU